AGCAUGAGCUGGAGAAUGCCAGGAUCUGGCUUUUGUUAUUGGUUGGCUGCCGCCUGAUGGAUGGAGGAGGGAGGAGUGAAUUCUCCUCAGUGUGUUCCGACGGAGCUGAAGUCCAGAAACCAUAUUUACAGGUCCAUGUGACAGCACUGCAGUCAUGAGCAGAAUCCUAAAACAGAAAGUUUGAAGAAGUCGAUGGCUCCUCCACCUGCCCUUCCGUGCAGGCAUCAGAUGAUGAAGUUUUUAGCUGUGAGAGUGCUGAGCAUGUUGAUAGUGUCUGUCUGUCCUCAUCUAAUCAUUUUACCAGAGAAAAAUGCGACAUCAGCAAACUGAAUAAAUGUUUUCAGAAGUGUAGAGUCUUCAGGAAAAUACUGGACUUCAUGAGAUCUCAAGGUCCAUGUGACAGCACUGCCGCAAUGAGUGGAAUUUUAAAGAGGAAGUUUGAAGAAGUGGACGGCUCCUCACCCUGCUCCUCUGUGCGGGAAUCCGAUGACGACGUUUCCAGCAGUGAAAGCGCAGACAGCGGAGACAGUGUCAAUCCAUCCACCUCUAACCAUUUCACCCCGUCCUCCAUUCUCAAGAGGGAGAAGCGUUUGAGGACAAAGAAUGUGCAUUUCAGUUGUGUCACCGUGUACUACUUCACCAGGAGGCAGGGCUUCACGAGCGUGCCCAGCCAGGGGGGCAGCACGCUGGGCAUGUCCAGCCGCCACAACAGUGUGCGCCAGUACACCCUGGGUGAGUUCGCCAGGGAGCAGGAGCGGCUGCACCGGGAGAUGCUGAGAGAACACCUCAGGGAAGAGAAGCUGAACUCUCUAAAACUAAAGAUGACCAAGAAUGGCACAGUGGAAUCAGAGGAAGCCAGCACUCUCACGGUGGAUGACAUUUCUGAUGAUGAUAUUGACUUAGACAACACAGAAGUCGAUGAGUAUUUCUUUCUACAACCCUUGCCAACAAAAAAGCGAAGAGCGCUCCUGCGGGCCUCUGGAGUUAAGAAGAUCGACGUGGAAGAGAAGCACGAGCUGCGCGCCAUCCGCCUGUCACGGGAGGACUGUGGCUGUGACUGCAGAGUGUUCUGUGAUCCAGAAACGUGCACCUGCAGCCUGGCGGGCAUUAAGUGUCAGGUGGAUCGUAUGUCUUUCCCCUGUGGCUGCACUAAAGAAGGGUGUAGCAACACAGCAGGUAGAAUUGAAUUUAAUCCUAUCCGUGUCCGGACUCACUUUUUGCACACAAUAAUGAAGCUUGAACUCGAGAAAAACCGAGAGCAGCAAAUCCCCACACUGAACGGCUGCCACGGGGAGAUAAGCGCACACAGUAGCUCCAUGGGCCCUGUCGCUCACUCUGUAGAAUAUUCUAUUGCAGACAAUUUCGAGAUUGAAACGGAACCCCAAGCUGCAGUGCUGCACCUGCAGUCUGCCGAAGAAUUGGAUUGCCAAGGAGAGGAGGAUGAAGAGGAGGAGGAGGAUGGGAGCAGCUUUUGCAGCGGAGUCACUGAUUCUAGCACACAAAGCUUGGCCCCGAGUGAGUCAGAUGAGGAGGAGGAGGAGGAAGAGGAGGAGGAGGAAGAAGAGGAUGAGGAGGAUAAAAGAGAUGGCUUUGUGGAAGGUUUGGGCACCCAUGCUGAUGUGGUACCUCUUCCCUCGGUCCUGUGUUAUUCAGAUGGCACAGCUAUUCACGAAAGCCACACAAAAAAUGCUUCUUUUUAUGCCAACUCUUCAACUCUCUACUACCAAAUAGAUAGCCACAUUCCAGGAACACCUAGCCAGAUCUCUGAGAACUAUUCUGAAAGAGAUACUGUCAAGAACGGUACCCUUUCGUUGGUGCCUUACACCAUGACCCCAGAGCAAUUCGUUGACUAUGCCCGACAAGCAGAAGAGGCCUACAGUGCCUCCCAUUAUGCAGCUGCCAACCCCUCUGUGAUUGUUUGUUGCUCCUCUUCCGAAAAUGAUAGUGGGGUGCCCUGCAAUAGUUUAUAUCCCGAACACAGGUCCAGUCAUCCUCAAGUGGAAUUUCACUCAUACUUGAAAGGCCCUUCCCAGGAUGGGUUUGUCUCCACAUUGAAUGGAGACAGUCACAUUUCAGAGCAUCCUGCUGAAAAUGCUUUGAGCCUUGCAGAAAAGAGCAGACUGCACGAAGAAUGCAUCAAAUCACCUGUGGUUGAGACUGUUCCCGUUUAGUAGCUUCAGUUAUUCUAUUAUAGGACCAACACUUCUAUGUGAGGCACUUCAUUUAACUGGAUUUCCCGGGCUCAUCAUUGUUUAAACUGAAGACCGAAAAAAUUUGGACUGUGAUUAAUCUUCCAGACUGUAUUUUGUUUUCUCCUUUUUAGCUACAUGACUGUGGCACUGCACAAAUACAGUCACUAUGGGGAUUUUAAACGAUUUCAGACUGUUUUGAUAGAAAAUGCUAAAUUUUAAAAAUGCAUAUCUCACAGUUGCCUACCUGUCAAACUGUGUGAAAUCUGUCAAGCUGUGCAGAUCAGAGCUCCAAGUUUUGGAUUAUCGGGCCUGUGCAAGAUUGUUAACUAAGACUGCAAAAUAAUAAGCUUUAGAGUCCUAAUUUUCGAUAUAUCUGAAGAUGAUGGUGACUUUUUAAUGUAAAAGUAAUUAUUGUAAGAAAAAGAUUUAAUUGUUUCAUGUGUAUUUUAUUUAUGGUAGCUUAGAAGUCAUGUUUUGAUGAAAAUGAACAGCAGCAUGUUCAUUCAAGCUGAAGAUGCAGAGCUAGCACCACAGAGCAUGCCCACACGGAUUGCAUCUGGAAUCCACUCACGUUUUUAUGAUCCUGACUGUUCAGGUUUGCAAAUACUUUCUUAAGGGUGAAAUAGGCCUAUUUUUGCUAUUUUGGACAAAUAAAUGAGUCUAUAUGUGCAGGUCCUUACCCAGUUUUCUCUAAAGUUAAGAGUUAGGACAAUCCUCCAGGGAGGGCUCAGUUGGCUGCCCUCCCUCAGCUGACUCCCAAGGUGGAGGUACAAGGAAUUGCCUUUCUUUUCUAACUAGCAUCAUCUUGGUUCUUAGCUUGGACAGCACCUUUAAACUCUACCCCUUACAUCAAAAUGCACUUUAGUGCCCCUUCACGGUACCUCGUGUGGGGUGGGGACUGAGAACUCUUUGAGAUGAAAAAAUUUAAAAAUAAAAAAAAAAAUCUGAAACUAUUCUAAGGUUCAUACAUAGUUAACAUAGAGGAAUCUUCCAGUGACACUUGUGAAGGAAAAAUGACUUGUUUUCCUUCACCACUCUGAGGACCUAACUCGGUAAACGCAAGAAAUCUGAGGCAACAUGGAAGAGACAUUCUCAGCAAGCAGCCUUUUCUGCAACGUGCUCGGUCCGUCUCUACAAAUAAAUGUAUAAUGCGAUUUCCACUUAGUGACUAGCUGAUUGAAGUGGAGGGCCUCUACCCAAAUACUCAACUAGGCCUUACUUUUCCGAAGCAUUUUGAUUUGUCUUGUCUGGGACAAUUAGCAGAACAGUCCAGAAUGCAUUGCAUACUUAAUUACCUCAUGUUCUCUUAUUAAAGAGAACAGAUAGAAAUAAAACAUGCACUCCCCACCAUUAGAUUACCUACACUUGGUUUACUAGAGGACUUCUAAGAACCUUUUUUUCUGUAAAUUAAUUUAGGUAACAAAAUAGUGUGUUCUAUUUUCCCCCUCAUCCAAUGCAAUAUGACUAUGCUAAAUCUGUUUCACAUUUCUGACCUUCUAUUGUUAUAUCGUUUCACAUGUUUUAUGACUAUUUGAAACAUGGACAUGCCUUGCUAGUGAGUGACUGUAUCGCUACUUAUUUUUAUGCCAUUUAGACUUGGGUAUUUAGAAAUACAAAUAUAAAUAUAUUGUAGCUCUCAGUACCUUAAAAGUACUAUUUUAUUUGAUUAAAUUUUUAAAAAUAUAUUUGAGUUGGAGAAAGUCCUCCAGUGGAAAGAUUUCUGCUAGAACUUGAUGUGGAGAAAACAUGCUUAGCUGGCAGCUCUGCCAUGCUACAGUUGGUUUUUGCCACUUUUCUGCCCAUCUCUGGGCCAGGUUUGCAACCAUUAAUAUUCACAUUGAAGAAGCUUUGGAUUUGUUAUGAUGUAGGCAGCGGUAAUUAGGUCAGGAAUGUUCCAUUUUGAUGAUUAGCCAGGGCAUCGUCACAGUUACAGUUUUUAGUGCUUGGUCUCUAGGGUUGUUUUGUUUUGUUUUGUUUUUUCUCCUCUCUCUUACCAAUACAAUAUAAAGAGCACAGGCACAAGAGAAAAUGAUGACAGGUAACUGGCCUUUCACCCAAGCAUAUGAAAAAAAUCACGUGUUCCACAUUUGCUGGAUCAUUACAGGCUCUGAAAGAACCUACAUAUGAAGAACUCUGAGGUUAUUCAUGGACCACAGAGUGUGGGAGACUGAGCCUACUGGCUAGAGCAGAGUUGAAAGGUAGAAGGGCAGUCCAGUUCUGGACAAAUACACAUUUUUAGUUCAGUUUUUUUCCUCAAGGAGGUGACUUUUUUAUGUCUUACUAUGUCUCUGUUUUGUAUGUUUGUUUACAAAACAAUACUGACAGAAACAACUGUGUUGCCUCUGUCUGUCUAAUUGGGUUACAAAGUCACCACCUUACUAAGUAUUUGCCAUUCAACCAUAACAACUUCUGUUUCAAAUUUUCAUAGACCUAGGUAAACAUUCACCAUCUCCUGCAAAUAAUAUAUGCAGGAUGCUCCUGAAGAAAUCCCUCCAGUACAACUGCUCCUAAACCACACACGCACGCAUAGACACACUACAAGAAUACCACACACUUGAGAAUGACAGAUUUUAGGCAAUGUCCAGUAAUGAGUACUGAGAUUUCCUACCAUAAAAUUUGGUCUGAUUUUAUGAUCUAAAAAUAUGGUCUAGAAAGGAGGAUAAUUUUUAAGACUGCAGUUUGAAAAUAUUGGGUCAAUGCAACAAAUAAUAGUAGUAAUGGAAUCAUUUCACUGUUACUUCCUUUCCUAGAAAAGCUGGGAGACCACAGUGUUCCAUCUGAAAUUUCCCAAUAAUAGCCUUCUAUUCAACAAAAAUUGCCCACAUACCAGGAAAGUGCUACAGUUAUUCUAAACUUGUAAAAGGGAGAAGCAAGCUAGAUGCAGCCUGUUGGAAUACUUAAGAUCUUUGUACCAAGACACAAUAACCUGGCCUGCAGCUGUUAUAUCAACCUCAUUGUAUAUCUAACCAAAUUAGUUUUUUUAGAAACGCAGCUUUUUAGCCAUUCAUUGUCAACUGCAAAGCUUCACACUCCAGACCCUGUUGUUUUAGCACCAGCCCUAUACCUUGAAAUGGGGGUUAAUUCCUGGUUAUAAUGCCGGCCAAACUGAUUUGCAAGUCAAGUGAAUAGCGCAGCUUGCAUCUCCUUUGUCACUCUUGAUCUCUCUUGGGGGAAAGAAAUCACAGAAAGAAUUUAAGUUUUUCUUCCUAUCUUUUGAACGUCGAUUACUAUGUGAUAGAUAAAAUCUUAUUUGUUGCAUGUCUUUUGGUUGAUUCAACAAUAUGCGUAGUUAUUUUUUGAAGGCCUAUCUUUUUUUUGUGGUGAAAUUCCGUAUCUCCCCAGGUAUCAGUCACAAAUAUUUCUUUAGAUGAUAAAAAUCUUCUCAAUCUUUUUUUUUUGUACCAGGAAUCAAACUCACAACCUCACUUUUGCCAAGGAGGCAGUUUUGUCACUGAUCUAAAUUCCCAGCCCCUCUUCUCAGUCUCAUGUGCCGCACAAUAUCCAUCCCCACAUGCUCCACCAAAAAAAAAAGAAAAAACCAAUAAGUUGUAGAAACAGAUAAAUCAAGAUACAAAUUACAUUAAGUGAUUGUUUUCUUUAAAAUUUUACACUCUAAUGAGUGAUUACUAAGCAAAAAUUUCAAGUUUUCAUUAAACAGAAAAAUGUUAUAAUUUAUAGCCUAAUAAUUGUUACAUUACUGGCUCUUUAAUAUUUGAUAUUGUUAUUCAAAUCUAUAAUCCUUUGGUCUCAAUAUUCAGAAUUUAUUAAUCCCUUAUUUUUUCAACAAACAUUUAUUAAACACCUACUAUGUUAGAACAACUAUUCUGCGUAAUUAAAAACCGUAAGGGGAAACUACAAAUUCUAAAGAAUCAUGAUAAAAAGGGAUGGCAAGAAAUAAGCCUAUUCAAAUCUUUUAAAUAUUUGAUUUUAUAAUAUGAAGUUAGAAAAUUGACAAAAAUUCUUGUCCAGUUAUAUGUAAACUGUAACUGCUUCUUUUUCAUACUGAAUGGAACUCACUGGAUCCCUUCUCUCAUCUGAAAUUAAUUAAUUAAAUAUGGGGUCAGCCAGAAGUGAACCGAGUAAAAGAUUUUCAGCUAAUUGUUUCUUCAGUAUGAAUCCAUGUAAUGAUGCCAAAUCUAUACCAGUAAACUCCCAUUAGAUAGUUUCAGAGUGUGGUUGACGCAAGCACAACCCAGGACAGAUUUCUGGAAACUUUUGAAACAAAGACACAAUAAACUGUCACUCUUACUUACGUUUAUAAACAGGCUAUCAAAAUAGCAAAAUCCAAUUCCAGCUUCCAGAGGAAUCAGCUGGAAGCAGAGAGGAAGCAAAAGAGUUCCCUGGGGGCUGGGGGCUUAGCUCAGCGGCAUAAGCGCCUGCCUUGCAAUCAGGCAGUCAUGAGUUCGAUCCCCGGUACCGAUAAAAAGGAAAAAGACAAGAAAAAAAAAAAAAAAAAGUUCCCGGGAUCUCCCUCGAUUUGAGCUUGGAAUUAUGAUUCAUCCAAUAAGCAGUAGAAAACUGAUCUCAACAGGAAACUACCUUUUUCAAAAGAUAUCAAACUCCUCUUUCUAUAAAUAUAACAAUGAUAAUGUAACAUUAAAGUGGACCCUUAGUCUCUCAAAACAGCGUACGUUGUCCUUAAAAUCAGUCUACAAAAUACCCAGUUUAAAUGGGACACAUCUUUCUGCUCAAAAUCAAGACGACUCUGAUUUGAAAUCAGAACUUUCUGUUGUAUCCAUACCAAAAGUUUAAAGCCUUGAACAUUCUUGGUGCUAGUACACAUGUGCAACUUCUGACUGCAUCCCUUUCUGAGAUCUGCUAACUUGUGCUGAUGUAAAUCCCUAAGCCAAAUGGCACAGCUCUGCACAGACAACACAGUUUAUCAGAUAUUUUCUGUAGCAUUAAAGAAUUUAAUUGACUUAAUUGACUGAACACUAGCAAUUUGAAAACUCACUGAAAUUAUAAACUGUCAGAAUGGGUGUGAGGAUGGAACACAAGAACAGUAAGUGGUGGUAUCUCCAAGGAGCUACAAAAAAAUUUCAGCAGGGGCUGGGGAGUUAGCUCAGCGGCAUAAGUACCUGCCUUGCAAGCAGGCAGUCGUGAGUUCGAUCCCUGGUACCGAAAAAGACAAAAAAAAUUUCAGCAGAAUGGGCAACGUUUUAUAAGACUAGGAAGCUCAGAGAGCAGGCAGUCUGAAGCCAAGAAGGAACAGCCCAGCUGUCCUCAACUCAUUUGGGGCUUAUGUCAGUGGACUAACACCCACUUCAAUUGCAUUUACUAUCUACAAGUCAUUGGAUCCUUUAGAAAAUAAAAAUACAGAUCUACACCAUUCUAAAGAAAACUAGAAAGAAAUUUAAGCACAAUUUACAUUAAAAUGACUAAUAAAUGACUCGCGUUAUUGUCAAAAAUAAGGAAUUGAGAAAUAAAAGUUUUUCGAUACUUUGCCAGCCAAAACUAUAUGCUCAAUGUAACUCAAAAACAGUCACUUCUAAUCUUUACUUUCACUCUUCUUACGGCUUUCAAGAGAGGCCAGUUUCCUAAACAAGUUGUUUUAUUAUUUUUUCUUUCUUUUUAAUCAAAGUUCAAAGCCAGUGUCUUCAAAGUGCCUGGGUUUGCCUGAAGCCUGGUCCUGAGCUAGUCUAGUAUUACUCCCUGGCCCGUCUCGGGCUUCUGAGGGCAGGUUGGAGAGUGUGAUGGGAACUAGUACUCACAACCGGAUUCAAAGUCUAAGCCUCUUUAAAGUUCGCUUUUUAUAUUUUGCUUUUUUACUCUUCCCACUUAAAGCCUGGAAUUUUAGUGAAUCUAGAUAUGUGUUAUAUCCAUGAGGACUGACAUAGUUUCAAGGAUAUAAUUCAUGUGGGUAACUACUUUUACUUGUAAUAGAUACAUCACUAUCUAGCAUAAGUGCUGUCUGUUUGAUUCCUUACACUUGGUAUAAUUCAAGAAAAGUCAAUGCUACCGUUUCAUUUUAUUGUCUUAUAAAAAGAUUCGGGCAGGACUAAAGUUUCAAAGGAACAUAGAAUUGAUUUUAAAUAAUAUUUAAAUUCAACAUACUAAUAGUGUAAUUCCUCUUUAUAUUACUCAUUGCCUUGUUAAUAGUAAAGUUAUUUGAAUAAUUCUCAUUCUAAUGACUUGUAUAAGACCAUUUAAGUAUUUUGUAAGAUAAUGUGUGUUGAUUAGAGUUAGGAUGAUGCAAAAUUAUGGUAGAAAUUAGCCUUGCUUUUUGUCUAAGUUAAUUUACAUGAUUAGUUGUUAUUCUGAAAUAGCAUGAUAGAUAUUAUUUUGCUUUCUCUCUUACUUUUUUCCCAAUAUUUUUAUCUGGCUUGAGAUUAUCUUUUAAGAAAUUAAUCUCUUAAUGAGUAUUUGUAGGAAAAUCAAGUUAGAAAAUGUCUCUUUAAAAAUUAUGUAGGAAUUUUUAUCUCCAGAAAUCUGUGUGACAUCUUACUGCCCCCCAGCCCACCCAUGCUUUUGUCUGUUCCAUCCCUCUUAAUAUUGUUUUGUUAUCAUUACAUAAAAAUAUAAAAAAGGAAGUUUGAAAAUUCUAACUUUGUGGUACAUAUUACCCAAUUUUGUUUUGCUUCUCCAUUUUAUGUUGACCACUCAGUUUUUUUCAUAUGCUUUGGUGCUCAGUCUUUAAAACAAAUGGAAAGAUGUAUAUACAUUGUGCAAGUUUAUUUAAAUAUGAAAGAAAAGGAUACAAUAACAUUCAAAUUUGAAUUCUCCUAAAGACGAAAACCUGAAUAACUAAAUCUACAAGACAAUUUGCUGUUUUCUGGGGAUUUUUUGUAAGUUAUUAUGAAUCCUUGAGUGAUUUAAUGGUACUCAAAUGAUAUCUGAAUUUUGUAGAUUUUAAAAUUUAAUAGUUGGGGAAGUUAUUUUGUUUGUACUACAGUCAAACAAGGUUUCUUGCCAAAGGUUAUUGUUGGAACCUUAAUUUAUUAGGUACUAGUCAUGCCAAAUGGAUAUCUCAGAGUGAUUUGAUCUUCUUGAAAAUAUUCACAGUGGCCAACUGUGAAUAAUAGAAAGUUUGAAAUUCUUCUGUAUUCUUCAAUUUUUGUAGUUCUGAGACUAAGAAAGCUCUCCAGAGGUCAUCUGGCCCAUCCAUCUACCUCCAGGAAGGACUGUCACUCAGGCAUGCCCAACAGGAUAGAUACUCAUCUAUUCUUACCAUCUCUAGGGAAAGUGGUUUCCUUGGCAACACAAUCCAGCUCUUUAGGAUUUUCUCACAGUAAGGAAAUAUCUUGGCCAGUCUUUGUGACCUAGGCACCUGGCAACAGUCGUGGUAAUUUGAACCAUUAUCCUGGGAGACUCCAGAGAAGCUAAAUUUUUCCCUACACUUGAUGCUUAUUACAACUAUAAAUUUCCUAAGAAAUCAAAUUUUUAAAGAGAUAUUUAAGUACUCAAGCACUUCUCAGUUAGUAUAACCUGCUUUGGGCAAAUGUGGCUAUAGAUAGUUUAUAUUCAUUGACUUAUUUAUUUUUGCUGCUGUUAGACCAGGAAUUAAAGUUAGUGACUUUCAGAUCCCCAAUGACAAACGUCAGAAUUAGAAUCCAAUGAUGCAACUUCUAAAGUGUUCACCUGUCUGAGAAAUGGCAAAUACAAAAAAGUAAUCAUGUGCUAUGUUCUUCUUUCUAAGUAAAUACCUUCUCGUUAGAUCUUUCUUUAGCCUAAAAUGACAAAUAGGAAUCCAAAACUGUUUCCACUCCUUCUGGAGAAGAUGUGACUGUGAACAAUAUGAUCUGGAAUAAACAAUUCCAGAAACUCACUCAAUCACAUUUGAUCCCAGCCUUGUCUCCAUGUUCUUUCAACAAUGGCUGCUUGCUUUCUCAGGGAUCAGGAAAUGAUUGUUCAGAUUAUCGUCUUGACAAGGCCUGAAAACAAAGGGAGGAGUCCCAGAGGAAGGUGAUCUUGUUUUCUGAUUGUAUCACUUGACCCAGGAGCUCCCUACUUUAGGAGCCUUUUCUGUUUGCUCAGAGUUGGCUCCAACUCAGAGGCAAAGCUGACCGGAUGAGGAAUAGCCCCCAAAUCAACGUUUCCUUUCUUCCUGGGAUUUAUUUCAGUCUAGGUACAGCUGCUUAUCUCCCCAACUCAGAUGCUCUUGUGAAAUGACAGCCACACAUCAGGGUGGUUGCUUCCCACAGAUAACACUUUGGGGAAAUGACCCUUUUUGUUUUUUAAAAAAUACUGUAGAAUGCUCAUGUAAAGAACGGUGAAUAAAAUUUGGCCCAUGUUUUAAUUGACUCUAGCCACUCCUAUGAAAACGAGUCUGAGGUGUAGUUUGUGAAAUAUGUUUCAAAAGUGUUUGAUGUAUAAUAAAUGCUAGAUAUUUACAGUACAGAAAUAGUAAAAACAAAAAAAAUUAAACCUGUAGAUUACGACUCUGUUCCUAAGAACCUCAGCCUUUAUUGUGUCUUAGUAAAGUUAGUUGAUCUGCUUUCUUUUUAGUUUAUUGCAUUUCUGGUGUAAUAGCCUCUUAAGAUAGAACUAUUAAUACAAAUGUACUGGUUAAUGCCUGUUAAUGCAGAAAAUGGCACUUUGUUCUUUCCAUGUGUUUCCCUCAGUGUCACAGGGUAUAUCAAUUUGACAGGAAAGUUCAUUUGACAUUGAUCAAAAAUACGUUUCUGCCAUACAGUAUCUAUGUUUUUGCAAUGUCUUUAUCUUCAUCAUAAUCUUAGACAUCAACAGUGUCUCUACUUUCCAGCCGCCAUAGGAAUUUGGUAGAUUCACAAAUUCUGGUGAAAUCUAGUGAGCUGAAUGUAUUGAUAGAUCAAAUAAUCCAAAGGACUUUGAUGUUAUUCUUCUGUCUGUGUUGAACAUUCAGACAUUAGAAAUGGUCUUUACACAAGGGAAGUCUUUUGGAGUGUAUGUAUUUUAUUUUACAUUGUGUUUGUUUGAUGCUGUAACAAGAAAAAAUGUAACUUUAAAAACUCAGAAAAACCACUGCACUGUAAAGUAUAUUUUGGCAUAAUGAUUGGUUUUAUCCUUCAAUUGAUUUUUUAUUACUAUUAAUCAAUAGAUAUUUAAUUACUAUUAUGUUUAAUGAUGUACAAAGGGAAAAAAAAUCAAACUAUAGUCCAUACAUAGUCAUUUUAUGCUAAGGUGUCAUGUUGUGUGUCACACAGUUUCAUCAUUGAUUUCUCUUGUGUAUAAAUUCUAACAUCAAAGAUGCCAAAGGGUAUAUAAAAUAAGCUACAAUAAUAUUCAACAGAACUUAACCUGGACUUUAGGUUGUAAUAAUUUAUUCAUAUUAGCUGUAGUUGUCUAUAUUUAUUAUUUUCAGUAUUUAUUAUGAAUGACAUGGAAAUUUGUGUAUUUAUUGUGGCUUUUUAUUGCAGUGUGUGUGUAUAUAUAUAUUACAAAUAAGCAUUUUUAAGUCUUAUCCUUAAGUUUCUUUUACUAGUGGCACUUGUAUUAUGCUGUACUUUUAUUAUAUAUUGUACAAUAUCUUGUCCAUUUGUUUGCAGCAGAGUAAAACCGGUUUCUAAGUUAUAUUUACUGUUGAAUUUGUGUUGCAUUUUGUGUGAAACCUUGUUCUUACAUUUUGAACCCCAAACUCUUCUGCUAUCACCGCACACAGAAGAAUACCUCCCUCCCUCUGUGUAACAGAUAACGUUCUUGAAAAGUUCUGUGUGAAGCCAGUUUCUGCUGAAUGGCUCAUUACAUUAUCAUUUCAAAGAUGUGUUAACUUUAUUAUGAUUGAUCCCUAAGUGAAGAUGCUUACAACACUUUUCUUUCUCAGCUUUUCAACCCAUUCAUCAAGUAAUGAUGUAUAAACAAACAUGAGGGCCAAAGGGGAACGCUCUAUGUAAAUGAAAUUCCAGAGGAUAUUUUUAUAAAGACAAAUACAUUUUCUGUAAGUGGUAUCCUUGAAGUCUACGACUUAGUAGUACGUUUUGCUUUCCUUACAGCACAAUCUCUGUGAUUUGAUGUUUAGAAUAUAUAUGUACAUAUAAUUCCUUAUGUAUGCCUAUGUGCUUAAAGAUGUUGGUUGAAGAUAACAAAAACUUUUAUUAGAAGUAGAAUGAAGAGGGAAGAGACUGCAUUCGUCUUAAUCUUCUAUUGUAUAUAGGUCUUUGACCUCAACAACUUGUUUUCUUACAUCUAGAGAUUGGAUCUAUAUUUUUAAAAGCUAAAUAAUAAUAAUAAGUGAUUGUAUAAUCAUCCUAAAACUCAAAUUUGGUGUGUUACUCACUUAAAGUCCUCUGCAAUGUUUCUUUCUCACUGCCAACAAAAUAAAAUCCAAACUCUG